UUCUGGCAUGUGGGAGACAGGAACAUGAGUAAUGAGGGGGUCGCCCGCCACAUUCAUCGCCGCCAGGGGGCAGACUGUCCAUCUAGCUCACCUACACACAGCGUUAUCUUCUACACACCACCGGUCAGUCACACACCCGUCUACUAUAUAGUAACGAGCGCGCACUGUACCCCUCUACAUGAACCAUGACCCGCUCCGGCACGGCUCAGAAUUCCAAUUCAUACAACUUUAUUGAGACGCGUGAGGCUCACAAUCGUGUCCUUGUAUUGGUCACCUACCUGUGACUUCCCGUGUGCCUCACUCAUGGCAGAGGGGACCCAGAACAAGUUAUCCAGCAAAUGUAGCAGCGUGGGGACGGUCUGGGUCAUAUGAAAGCUGUAUAUCAAUUAGGAAAAAGGUGAACGACUUCCACCAAUCUAGCCAUUCAGUUAGAAUGAUGGCAAUAACAGUUCCUGCAAUCAUGAUCUUUAAUGUGCCUUUCAACUUUUAGUCCACUGUGACAGCCGUCCAUCAACAGAGACAAAGUAAUACAACAGAAUGUCAUCAAAGCAACUUAAGGAAGCAUUUAUAAGAAAUCUCAACGGGACCAGCAUUACAGAGAUCUCAUCAGGCUUGGGUGUAACGACUCUUUCCAUCCUAUUCAGAGGAUUGCUGUUUAUUAGCCUCCGCCGUAAAACUUCUGUGAUAAGCAAAUCAUGGAUAGGUGACUUUUUCAUUGAUUACAUUCUCUUGGUACUUCCACUGGUACUGUCAUGCACCAUCUUCUGUGAUGCCCUACACAUAGUUUUGUUAUGUAUUGUGGCACUUUGCUUGGUGCUGUUUUACCUCAUAAGCACAAAGAGAAAUAAGUCUAUCAAGGCAUCCCUUCAUAGUAUCUGCCAGUCCUUCCUGAAUGCACACGUGGGGAAUGGGACUGUCCCAGCUGUUACAACUUUGCGUGUGUCACUUAAUGUACUCACUGCAGUUUCCAUACUUGGUGUGGAUUUUCCCAUCUUCCCCAGGCGCUAUGCAAAAACAGAGACUUACGGAACUGGGGUGAUGGACAUUGGAGUUGGAUGCUUUAUCUUUGGGAACGCUCUUGUUUCUCCAGAAGCUAGAACACAGGAAAGAGUGGAAUGCUCACAUUUUUUUAGAGUGAAAAAACAGGUUCUGUCAGUAUGGCCACUAAUUGUUCUAGGACUUGCCCGGCUAAUAAGUGUGAAAGCGAUCGACUAUCAAGAACAUGUAACAGAGUAUGGUGUCCACUGGAACUUCUUUUUCACUCUUGCAAUUGUUCGGGUAUUGUCAUCGCUGCUGUUGAGUUUAGUGCCACCUCAAAGAAUCUGGUUUGGAGCUGCCACCAUCAUUGUAGGUUAUCAGUUAUUUUUGGAAGUGACAGAUCUCAAGAGUUUUCUAUUAUACGGCAGUGACGGUCAGGGAACUAGGGUUGGUUUUUUAAAUGCCAACAGAGAAGGUAUUUUUUCUGUAAUUGGUUAUGUUGGAAUAUACAUGAUCGGAGUUCAAGUUGGACUAUAUGUUCUAAAGAAAAGGAUAUUGGUAAAGGAAUGGAUCGGGGCCAUUUGCAGCUUAGUACUUCUAUCUUCUGUUUUGUUUAUCAGCAUUAUUGUGUUCGAAAUAUAUGUGGAACCUGUGUCCCGUAGAAUGGCAAAUUUGCCUUUUUGCAUAUGGAUCGUUGGCCAGUGUGUGGCUUGGCUGUGUUCAUUUUUAAUAUGUGACCUCAUUUUGGCAUUUGCAGAGUAUAUGACUCCUGGUAGUUAUGUACCAAGCACAUGGAACAUACAUAACUCUUCGCAUCCCUCUAUCAAAAGGGUUACUCUUACCAAAGACCCAAAAAAGGAAGCUCAUCAAUGUCUUAUUGAAGCUAUCAAUAGAAAUCAGUUACUCUACUUCUUGGUUGCUAACCUAUUAACUGGAAUAGUGAACAUGACAAUCGACACCAUGCACAGCAGCAGUUUGUUUUCUCUCUUUAUGCUUGUCUUUUAUAUGUUUUCGAACUGCUUGAUCGUAUACCUUUUACACAUCAGAAAUAUUAGUGUUAAGUUCUGGUAGUAUUGCACUGUAGAAAUUGAUUUACAAUCAACAUUAAUUAAUUAACAUUUAAAACUCUGGGUUUUUCAGGUGGUAUAGUUGCUGUGUGUUUUAGAUAAUGUAUGUCAGUGGUCGUCAACCCUGUCCUCGGGGCCCACUAACAGGCCAGGUUUGCACGAUAACUGAAAUGCAUC